UAAUCAUAAAAUUAUCACCUCUACUUAAUAUUUAAUACUUAUGUUACUCUUUUUUAAUUUAAAAUUUUCUUUUCACCCUUUAUUAAUUUACCCAAUUAACUUAAUUAUAAUUUAAAUGAAAUUUAAUUCAAACUUUUCUUUCAUCUCCUACUUAAUUUUCUCAAGAAAGUACAAUCUGUCGAUUACACACCACGGCGGUGGCUUCUUCACAUGGAAGCUGCGCUCAAUUUCUCCUACGUAUCACCCUAGUUUGCGUUGUCCUUGUUGCUUAUCCUACUCCAUUUGCCUCACCUCCUGAGAAUUCGGUACCUGGAGAUUCCAAUAGUUAUAAUAAUAAGACCAAUAGCUCUAAACUGGAGAUUGACGGUAAAAUUAUGUCGAAAGCUCGUGUUUACACCGAUGUUAAUGUGCUUCGUCCUAGGGAAUAUUGGGAUUAUGAAGCCCUUACUGUGCAAUGGAGUGAUCAGGAUGACUAUGAGGUUGUUCGGAAAGUUGGAAGAGGAAAAUAUAGUGAAGUUUUUGAAGGUAUAAAUGUUAACAGCAACGAGAAGUGCAUAAUCAAGAUCCUGAAACCUGUUAAGAAGAAAAAGAUCAAGAGAGAGAUCAAAAUCUUGCAGAACCUCUGUGGUGGACCAAAUGUUAUCAAACUCCUUGAUAUCGUCAGAGAUCAGCACUCAAAAACUCCAAGCUUAAUUUUCGAGUAUGUGAACAAUACAGAUUUCAAAUUACUGUACCCAACAUUAACGGAUUAUGACAUACGCUACUACAUAUAUGAGCUUCUCAAGGCACUAGACUAUUGCCAUUCACAGGGAAUAAUGCAUAGAGAUGUCAAGCCACAUAACGUUAUGAUAGAUCAUGAGUUGCGGAAGCUUCGGUUGAUAGACUGGGGUCUUGCUGAAUUUUACCAGCCAGGAAAGGAAUAUAAUGUCCGUGUGGCUUCAAGAUACUUCAAGGGCCCUGAACUUCUAGUUGACUUGCAAGACUAUGACUAUUCUUUGGACAUGUGGAGCCUUGGAUGCAUGUUUGCAGGAAUGAUCUUCCGCAAGGAACCUUUCUUCUAUGGCCAUGAUAACCAGGAUCAGCUUGUCAAAAUUGCUAAGGUACUUGGAACUGAUGAGUUGAAUGCAUAUUUGCACAAGUAUCAAUUAGAGCUUGAUCCUCAGCUGGAGGCUAUGGUUGGGAG